AUGGUGGAGCGGUCGGACCGAGCCCCUCUGCUGGACUGGGAAGAGGUUCCGUCAGCAGAGAAGGACCGACAGUCGAGCCCUUCAAACAGCCGUGCCUUAUCCGGAUCUCCCUCGCCUGGGUUUGGGUGGAGCAGCUGUCCGGGGGGUCCCACUCCCACUCCCACUCCCAGCGCAGACGGCUGCAGCGCCCCGCCCGCGACCUCCAGCACCCCCGUGGCGGGCACGGAUGAAACGCUGCACCCCGACAAGGAGGGGCAUCCCUCGGAUUCAGGACCGAGGGAGGUGCUGCUGGAGGACAGGAUGGUGAAAUGGGAGGAAAAGGACCAGAUUGUGUCGGUAUUUGUGGUCACAUUCAACACCAGAUCAGGCAACAUGCUGGAGUGGUGUCUGCCCAAAGACAUGGACUUGGAGGGAGUGGAGUUCAAAGCCAUUGCCAGCGGCUCCCACCGAGUCACCACAGACUUCAUCUACUUCCGGAAGGGCUGCUACUUUGGCCUCGCCUGCUUUGCCAACAUGGCGGUGGAGAGCACGGUGGAGAGGGGUGCGAGGAUGAAGUCGGUAGGGAUCCUCUCUCCUUCUUACACCCUGCUCUACCGCUACAUGAGCUUCCUGGAGCACCAGGUCAGGCUCCAACUUCAGUCCCCUGGUCACUACUCUCCUCUGGAAGCUUUCUAUGAGGACAAGAGAGCUCUUCUGCCCCCUAGUGGCGAUUGUGUUGUUACUACAUGUCCAGCAAACGCUUGGGGAGCUGCAAUCAACCAUAGCAUGCAUCCUGAAAUGAAGAUCACCCACCCAGCCGGCUGUAUGUCCCAGUUCAUUCGCUUCUUUGGGGAGCAGAUCAUGGUGCUGUGGAAGCUGGCGCUACUCCGCCGACGCAUCCUCAUCUUCUCCCCACCACCUGUGGGUGUGGUCUGCUACAGGGUGUACUGCUGCUGUUGCCUGGCAAACAUCUCCAUUCCCGGGGUGGGCGUGGCCGUGCCAGAGUUCCGCCCCUUCUUCUAUGUUAAUGUGGCCGACAUCAGCGCCCUGGAGAAUGAGCUUUCCUACGUAGCAUGCACUACUGAGAAGAUCUUUGAGGAGAAGAAGGAUCUCUAUGAUGUUUAUGUAGACAAUCAGAAUGUAAAGACCUACAGAGAUGGGCUGAAGCCGCUGCUCCGUCUCAGCACUGCAGACAGGGAGAAAUAUCGCAAACUCACCGAGCAGAGGCAGAUGUUGCUGUACUCCCAGGAGGAGAAUGGAGACUGUGUGUCCAGUGAAGAGGAUCUCUUUAUUCUGUUUUUCCUGGAGCAGAACAACAGGAUUUUCCAGACCCUGAGCGAGGUGGCAGGGAGCCCUGAUCCCACACUGACCCAGGAGAGUGUGAGGGCCAUGGGCCUUGAUCCUCAUGGAGACAGGCUCUUCCUCCUCCACCUGCUGGAGAUUUAUGGCUAUGACACCCUGCUAGUGUCGGAGCAGCUCUGCUGCAGCUGAGAGACAACAGACGGACGUUUUCCCACCCUUCACCACUGCUGGUUGUAAAAGUCUUGAGCCAGCUCUGAGUGCUGCACUACUGGCUUCUUGGAGUCUUCAGGAGUAAUUUGAGCCUUCAGAAAUAUCUCUGGCAUAACUUUUUUUUCGUUGUAUAUCUCCCUGUGGUUCUGCUCAUUCACAACCUGAUGGCUUCAGUAACAUGUGGUCAUCUCGUUGUUCAACUGGGUGACUUGAUACAGCUGCAGCAUUUCAACAAUGAGCAGUCAGUUGUGUUUGAAGGCCAUGAAUGGUAGGUCCAAACAGAAGAAGAAGAUAACAGAAGAAAUAUUUAAGUGGCCCGAACUGUACUGGGGGAUCGAGUUGGAUGAACAAAACAGAAGAGGUGGAGUGUGAGAGUGAAAGAGAGGUAGCCUUCCUGUAAAUAAUCCUGUUCUUUUCUUUAUGUACAGUGUGUCAGCGUUUGUGUGAUAUGGGGUACCAGUGUUGCUAUCCUUGUAUCAAGUGCUGGAUUUAAACAUCAAAUUUUAAGCCUCUAUGUCCAAAUCAGUACCUCCUUUGAAAAAUAUCAUGUGAUUACAAGCAGGUCAAACCGCCUAUGUCUGUACACACUGCUGUUUAAGUGACACUUAAUGCAACAAACGACCAGUUGAUGGAUUUUGCCCUAUCAGUUUAUUUCCUUUUAAUGUUAGGACUAAUCACUUUUAGUCUGAGCUGAAACCAAAUCAGAUUUUCAAAUGAUGUCCAACAGGCAAAGGUGAGGUUGAAAUAGAGGCAUAUUGCUCCCUGACUGUCAGCUGGGCCUGCAGAUCAGAGUAAUAAGCUGUUACAAAGACUCAGAACUGUUUAGUCUUUUAUGCUUUUUUCCAGUUGUGUUUUCAGCACUUGCAUCAAGAUGAAGACAGAGCUAACAACUCCAGUUGAUUCUCUUAAUUCAUAGAAACUGAGUUGAUUUUUUGUAACAGCUAACACAAAAAAACAAAAAACACUUUUAAGCUCUGGACGUUUAUGAAGCACAUCAUAGAAACAUAUUUUAGCUCCCUUUACAACAAGCAGAGCAGUUGUCUGAGGCAUCUUGUUGAUGCGGAGGGAAACACACAAGUGGGAAAAGAAACUAGACUUUUGUUUGUUUGUGUUUUUUGUUAAUGGUUAAAGGGAUAGAAUCAUACAGCUGCAUUAAUCAAAUUAGGCCACUAGAUGGCAGUUAUCAAACACCAUGUUCUUAGGGAAGUUUUUUCUUAAAUCAAAGAACAAUGGUUGUGAGAUUGAACUAUGAAGUAAAUGCCUCAUAAAAGCAAAACAAUUAGUUUAAAGAUGCUAAAAAGACAUCAUAAAAUUUGCCGUUAACCCUUUCACAGCCAUUAGAGUCGUCAUUACUAUGAAAAAAUAAUUAAUACAGCUUUGAAAAAAUGUUCUUUGUUAAGGCAGUCUUGCUUUUCAGAAUUCUAAAUUUCUGAAUUUAGUGACCAUAGCCACAAGGAAUAGUCUGACCUGUUACAUAAAUGUGCUAAAAAAAAAAGAAAAGAAAAAAAGCUAAUAUCACAUUGAAGUAACAUCACUUCACGUCAAUCAUGGUGUUCACUUUCUCCUGAAAAGGAUGUUUGGUGCUUUGGUUACUCACUGGGCUUUGUGCCCAACACUUAAAAGAUAUGAUACUCUUAAAGACUUAAAGGUUAUUGUCAUUUUCUGUUUAACACUACUCAUUCUUAUAUAUUUCAUUUGUUAUUUAUGUUUUAUUUAGAGUUUGUUGCUUAGCUGUAAAUUGUUUUGAGUGUAAAUAUUCAAUUGCUGUAACAUCAUCUGUGAAGAAACGGGAUCAGCUGAAUGUGUUUUAUAAGACGAUAGUGAUCCCAUAAAGCCUCUGUGUAUCACUGCAAUUAUGUGUUGGACCGUCAGCUGUAAGAAAACGACCGUGAGCACAUUUUCACACAUCACAUGGCACCUUAGACAACCUGUAAAAAGCUGAAGUAAACGUGUGUAGUUGAAGGAAUAGUCCAGCUCAUGUUAAAACACCUUCUCUUUAUUUAUUUUACUGUAAUCCAUUUCAGAAAUAAAGUGCGUUGACACUUUGAAGAAAAACACUGUUCUCAGUUUGAAUAUUGCAUAUAAACAACCUUUGUUUUCCUGAGCUUCACUUCUACAUUAUCCAUGUUUCAGGAUGUGUGAACAUACAUGAGUACUUUAUAUAGAGCUUAAUAU